UCAGGCUGUCAAACAAUGAAAUUUGCAAUUCGCACGUGCGGGCAAAAAUAUACAGCGCGUGAAAAGAGAACUAAAAAGGAAGUUUAAAGUGAAAUAAGUGCAAAGAAAAUAUUUAAAAGAAAAAGUAAACUGAGAAACGUUUACAAAAGACUUCAACUACAGCAGUGUAAAGAAAAAAUAAAAUAAAAGCGAAAAUAAUCGCCAACACCAAAGCGCGCGCACACGGCACAACCCAGCGCAGCACAGCAGAGUAUAAUUAGAGAGCGGGCGCAGCCAGCGGCUCCUGUGAGCUCAUUAAAAAUUAUAAAAGCAUAAGUAAAAUAAAAAGUUUUAAGUGAAAAAUAGCAAACUGUGAAGUAUUCAACUAAAGUAAAGCAGCAUUUGAGGCCAAAGGCAAGAAUAAACGUACACACACACACACACUUAAGCGCGCACCAGGCAACAAUGCGCCUUCUAAAAGCGCCAGCAACGGCAGACAACACCGCUGUGGCAGGAGCGCAGCUGGCGCAUGACAUCAUUAUUGCGAAUCCAGCAGAGUCAUUGGAGCCACAUUCACAGGCGCACCAUCCACAACAGCAACACCAACACCACCGUCAGCCGCAGCACUACCAACACAUCAGCGCCAUGCAUGUGGUGGAUGUGCAGCGGCUGAAAAUGGCUAAAAGCGCGCCAACGCCUGCAACGAAUAGCAAUCGCCGACGUAAACAACACAAAACAAAAGCCGCACAGCAGCUACAGAGCAGCGGUGGGGACGAACGCCAAUACCAUUGCAGCAACAAUGAACAACAUGUACAAAACGCGGUAGCUGGAGUAAAAUCAAGGUCGCUGGAACGCUACGCCAAGCCGCCACACGCAGCCAUGCUCGCGUUGGAACAAGAAAGCGCGCUCACACCGAAUCUGAACACCUCACCACGCCGACGUCAUUUCCUCUCCCCCUUCAAGUCGCUAAAGCGGCGCAGUCGUAGCAGCAGCAGCAGCGGUGGCGGCAGCAGUCGUUGCGAUUCGCGUGACGUUACAGUCGCGGCAAUGCUGGCCAUGCAACGCGAACAUCAGCUGCUGCAACAACAGCACCAGCACGAGCAGCACGAACAUCAACCAGGCGAGCGUGAUCAGCAGCGAGCGGAGCAACUCACCGCAGCACAAACAUUGUUGCAGCAGCAUGUUGCAAAACGCGCGCAACAUUUACAUUCGACUAGUUCGCAGAGCGGCGAUAGCGGCACUGGUGGCACAGAACUCGAAAUGGAGUUGCAGGAUUGCAGUCGCACCUCAGCGGCGGCGAGCAGUCAACUCUCGCUGAGCUUUUCGCAGUUGAGCAGUGGUGGUGAUGGCGGCGAUGUUGACGAUGAUAGCAGCAUUGAUGCGGCUGCCGCGGAUGUGGUAGCAGCUGCAGGGCGGCGCGAGUGCGCGAAUGUUGAAAGAAGCGCAGCUGAGCGACAUGUUGCUGAGCGGCAAUUAGUUGAGCAAAGUGUUGCUGAUCAAUCGACGAAUGGUGUGUUGAUGGAAAACGGUGUGGACCGGGAUGUUGACGUAAAGGAGGAGGAGGAGGAGGAGGCGCGCAACUUUGCCGUCACUGUGGACGAUUUGGAUGCUUCGUUUGCCGAGGAGGAGACACUCCACACGAUCGGCAAUAUAACACUCGUCGACGAUACAUACUCCAAUUAUGAUCCGAAGAAUGAUGCGGAGCGUAUGUUCCUGCAGGUGGUGGGCAUAUUGCGCGAUGAAAAUGAGAAAGUAACCAACACGCAGAGUAAUAUGAGCACAGCAACAGCAACAACAACAACAACAAUGACAGUCAACCACUCAAGCGCUGACAAGGUUAUUUAA